GUGGCUGGUUCAGAGAAUUGCUGCAGAUAUUCGUUACUAAUGGUUUAUGUGCGUGCAAAAACAAACGAAACUUUCAUAAUAAUUGCUCAUAAACCGCGAAACAGUAUGUAAAAUGUGUAGUAAAUUACUAAAAAGUAUUACCUCGAUGCCGAAACAACUAACCUCAUUUUCCUUCUUGGAAUCGGCUCUUGGAUAAUAUUUUGCAGAACGGAAAAAAUAUUUUAAAUACUGGAAAAUUGCAUCGCCUAUUUAGCAAAAACUACUAGUAACAGUUUCGUACACCAGUGAAACAUAUUGGAAAAAGGUUGACAACAAAAAGUCGAAAAUGGCAUCUCGAGAAGAGGAGAAUCUUCCAGAAAACAAGAAGCUAGCUCGCAAGGAAAAAGAAAGUGGUAACUCCGCGUACAAGAAAAAAGAAUUUGGCCCCGCUCUGAGCCACUAUCAAGCGGCCCUUCAGCACGAUCCGACCGACAUCACAUUCCAUAACAACAUCGCUGCAGUGUACUUCGAGAAGAAAGAAUAUCAAAAGUGUAUUGCCGAAUGUGAAAAAGCCGUUGAAGUUGGCCGAGAGAACCGCGCAGAUUAUAAACUGAUCGCAAAGGCUUUCACACGUAUAGGAAAUGCGUACCGAAAAUUGAAUGAUUAUAAAUCUGCCAAAACCUAUUUCGAGAAAAGCCUUUCGGAGCAUCGAACGCCGGAAGUUAAGGCUUUUUUGAGUGAAACCGAGAAGAAGAUCAAAGAACUAGAACGAUUGGAGUAUAUCGACCCAGCAAAGGCCGAGGAGGAGAAAGAAAAGGGUAACGAGUUUUUCAAGAAGGGAGACUACAGUACAGCUGUUAAGCAUUAUACGGAAGCAAUACAGCGCAAUCCUGACGAUGCGAAGUUGUACAGUAACCGGGCGGCAUGUUACACGAAGCUGACCGCUUUCGAUCUUGGCCUUAAAGACUGCGAAACAUGCUGCAAACUGGACGAAACCUUCAUCAAGGGCUGGAUCCGCAAAGGUAAAAUCCUCCAGGUAAUGCAAAAAUCUUCCGAAGCGCUAACCGCUUACCAGAAAGCACUGGAAAUUGACCCUAACAAUCCUGAAGCCUUGGAGGGCUACCGAGCUUGCACAAUGGCUGUGCACUCGGAUCCCAAGGAGGUGUGGAAAAAAGCUAUGCACGAUCCCGAAGUGCAGCAAAUCCUCAAGGAUCCGGCGAUGCGGGUGAUCCUCGAACAGAUGCAGAAUGACCCGAAAGCGGUUCAAGAGCAUCUAAAAAAUCCACAAGUGGCGUCAAAGAUCCAGAAAUUGCUGGAAUCGGGCAUCAUACAAAUAUAUUAGGGAGGUUCCGCUCGGUGUUCAACGGACAAUUGUGUUCAAACAGAAAGUCAAAUAGUUUCCAGACAAAUCGGUACAUACGGAAAAAUGCGUUACUAUUGCAGCGUUUGCUUUUCGGUCAGAAUUCCCUUUUCAUUGGUUUGUCAUAUCUUCUUUCUGCAGUUUUUUUCUCCUUUUCUCUCGCAUAUAAUAACCUACACGAACGAACAAAUGCUAACUUACUGUAAUCAUUAGAAGCAAAGAGAAAUGAAACAUAAACUGAUGUCCUUUACAGCAAAUGUAUUCACUGAACAUAUUGAUAAUAAACAGAAACUGGUGAAAUAAAGCUAGGAAUAUCAAUGAAAUGAACUAUUUUUUAAGCCAA